AUGUUGUUUGAGAGUUCAGCCUGCGAAGAGGAACGAGAAGUUCAAAGUGGAUAUUCUUGCGCACAACAAUGUUUACUGAAUGAGUCGACGGGGUAUCGUGAGAAACGAAUUCAACACUCUGCUGAUGUUGAAGAGUUGAUUCGAGCGCUUGGAGGAUUAAAUCUGGAAAAGGACUAUUGGCUGCAAACAGCCGAAAGAGUGAAAUCGUUAGAUGCUUCCGAAUGCUACGAAGGAACCAAGCAAUUUCGGAUGAUGCUGAGCGUCAGUGGAGAGAUUCCAAUUCAGGCUGUUAUCGACACUGGGGUUGUCCCAAAACUUGUCGAAUUCAUCAGCCCUGCUGGGGAUUCAUGCGAAAAUCCGUCUCUACAAUUCGAGGCUGCCUGGGCGUUAACAAAUAUCGCCAGCGGAACUGGAACCCAAACUGAAGUCGUUGUCGGAUCGGGUGCAAUUCCGUCAUUCAUUCGUCUGUUGGAUUCUUCCCGCGAGGAUCUCCGCGAGCAAGGAAUGUGGGGACUUGGUAACAUCGCGGGUGAUCGUGCGGAUUAUAGAGACGCAAUUCUCGCUGUUCCCGGAAUUAUUCAAAAGUUUGUUGAUGCAUGUCGCCGAAGCCGUCGCGUUUCAACAACAAGAACUGGAAUGUGGAGCCUGUCGAACUUGUGCCGUGGAAAGCCUCGUCCCAAGUUCCAACUGGUUUCUCCCGCUGUUCCUUAUUUGUCUCAAGUUUUGCAUAGCAGCUCCGAUGAUGAUACUCUGAGUGAUGCGUGCUGGGCUCUUGAUGGAUUGAGCGAACAUCCUACUGGUAUUGCCACAAUGCUCUCUCAUAGCGUCGUUCCAAUUUUGUGUCGUCUUUUAUCGCAUCGUGAAUUAGUAGUUCAAAGACCUGCACUCAGAGUCAUCGGACAAAUUGCUGCAGGGGAUACGGAACAAACGCAAGAAGUCAUUGAUCAUGGAGUUCUCUUCAACCUUAAAGUUCUUCUCGAUUCUCCACGCAAGAGCAUUAGGAAAGACGCAUGUUGGACCCUCUCGAAUAUCUCGGCCGGAUCUGCCACUCAGUUGCAAGGGGUGUUAUCGGCAGGGGUGAUCCCUAAACUGGUUGAAGUGUUUCGGUCUGAUAAUGAGCUUGAAGUCAAAAAAGAAGCUGCAUGGGCAAUUUGCAAUGCGUGCACAUCAAGAAAGCAAGAGCAUCUUGAAUAUUUGAUUUCUAGUCAUUGCGUUCAACCUGUUUGUGAAAUGUUGACAAUCGAUGACCUCAAAAUCCUUGAAGUCGCUCUUGAAGCUCUUGAUAACAUUUUGGAGUUUGGAAAACAGAUGCAACAACUUCUGAAUCAACCUGGAAAUGUUUGCGUAGAACUCGUGAAGAAUUGUGAAGGGUUUUCGUAUCUCUACAAUCUUCAUCAUGUCACUCAAGGGUUUGGAAGUUUCGCUGUUUGGGAGAAAUCUGGUCGAAUUUUGGAACAAUGGAAAGCACACCCUCAGCAAUCCCAGCAGCAACUGACACAAGCCUGGUAA